GGAUGGUCCUACUCCUACAGUAUUAAAGAGACCCAUCACUAAGAAGACGAGAAAAGCGUCCAAGACAUCCGUCGCAAUUACGAACGAACCAGAGACUUGGUAGCACAGGGCAUUGAUCGCUGGUGCCCAACCGACCCUCCUUCCCUCUCCCCAUUCCCCCGCCCCCCCCACCAGAGGCAGGCUCUGGCGGCGGCCGGGACCUCGCGUCCCUACAUCGUGGCGGGAGCUGCAUUUUUCAUGAGCCCGGGGUGAACAGGUGCGAAGUGCGCUGGGAGCAUCCGGCCGGCGGCCGGGAGCAGGGAACAUGGAGAGUGAGCGCGACAUGUACCGCCAGUUCCAGGACUGGUGCCUCAGGACUUACGGGGACUCAGGCAAGACCAAGACGGUGACCCGUAAAAAAUACGAGCGGAUCGUCCAGCUCCUCAACGGCUGCGAGUCGAGCUCCACGGACAACGCCAAAUUUAAAUUCUGGGUCAAAUCGAAGGGUUUCCAGCUGGGCCAGCCGGACGAGGUGCGCGGGGGCGGCGGCGCAAAGCAAGUGCUCUACGUGCCGGUCAAGACCACGGAUGGCGUAGGGGUAGAUGAGAAGCUAUCUUUGCGGCGGGUAGCUGUGGUUGAAGAUUUCUUUGACAUUAUCUAUUCAAUGCAUGUGGAAACAGGGCCAAAUGGAGAACAAAUUCGGAAACAUGCUGGACAAAAGAGAACUUACAAAGCAAUUUCAGAGAGCUAUGCCUUCCUACCAAGAGAAGCGGUGACACGGUUUCUAAUGAGCUGCUCAGAGUGCCAGAAAAGAAUGCAUUUAAACCCAGAUGGAACAGAUCAUAAAGAUAAUGGAAAACCUCCCACUUUGGUGACCAGCAUGAUUGACUACAACAUGCCAAUUACCAUGGCCUAUAUGAAGCACAUGAAACUGCAGCUGCUAAACUCACAGCAAGAUGAGGAUGAAAGUUCAAUAGAAAGUGACGAAUUUGAUAUGAGCGAUUCAACACGGAUGUCAGCUGUGAACUCUGACCUUAGCUCCAAUCUUGAGGAAAGGAUGCAAAGUCCCCAGGCUCUUCACGGCCAGCAGGAUGAUGAUUCUGCUGCCGAGAGCUUUAAUGGCAAUGAGACUCUGGGGCAUAGUUCAAUUGCUUCAGGGGGAACACACUGCAGGGAGAUGGGUGACUCUAACGGUGAUGGCAAAACUGGGCUGGAGCUGGACGAGCAGCCACUGAACCUGAGUGACAGUCCCCUCUCAGCACAGCUGACUUCAGAAUACAGAAUAGAUGACCACAGCAGUAAUGGAAAAAACAAAUAUAAGAAUCUGCUGAUUUCUGACCUCAAGAUGGAACAAGAAGCGAGAGAAAAUGGAAGCAAGUCCCCUGCACAUAGCUAUUCAAGCUACGACUCGGGCAAAAAUGAGAGUGUAGACCGAGGUGCUGAGGACCUGUCCCUAAACAGGGGAGAUGAGGAUGAAGAUGACCACGAUGACCACGAAGAUUCUGAGAAAGUUAACGAGACAGAUGGCGUUGAAGCCGAGCGGCUGAAAGCUUUUAAUAUGUUUGUCAGGCUGUUUGUAGAUGAAAACUUGGACCGAAUGGUCCCAAUCUCUAAGCAGCCCAAAGAAAAGAUCCAGGCUAUCAUUGACUCAUGCAGGCGACAAUUCCCUGAGUAUCAAGAGCGUGCCCGAAAACGCAUACGUACUUACCUCAAGUCCUGCAGGCGGAUGAAAAGAAGUGGUUUUGAGAUGUCUCGACCUAUUCCUUCCCACCUUACUUCAGCAGUUGCAGAGAGUAUCUUGGCUUCAGCCUGUGAGAGUGAGAGUAGAAAUGCCGCCAAGAGGAUGCGUCUGGAUAGACAACAGGAUGAAUCUGCUCCAGCUGACAAACAGUGUAAACCAGAGGCGGCCCAGGGCACUUACUCAACCUCAGCUGUUUCAGGCUCCCAGGAGGUGUUGUACAUCAACGGAAAUGGGACCUACAGUUACCAUAGUUACAGAGGGCUCGGAGGGGGACUGCUAAAUCUGAACGAUGCUUCUAGUAGUGGACCCACUGAUCUCAGCAUGAAGAGGCAGUUGGCGACCAGCUCAGGAUCCUCCAGCAGUUCGAGCUCCAGACCCCAGCUGAGUCCAACUGAAAUCAAUGCAGUGAGACAGCUGGUUGCAGGAUAUCGGGAAUCCGCUGCAUUUUUAUUGCGUUCCGCAGAUGAACUGGAAAAUCUUAUUUUACAACAGAACUGAGUCCAGCGACAACCCUCUUCACUGAGGUUUAAAUUUGCAGUUUCCACUAAUGACGUUUUGAUUUCCCAGCAGAGAUGCAUCUGGUCUUACUGCACAGUCUUAAGAGAAAUAUUUCCAUUAUGCCACAUUGUCCUUGAUCCAUAAAGUGAUGUGUUUAGGUGCUUCAAAGGAACUCUGGCCUCUGAAGUGCUUGAGAUACUUUAAUGUGUCCAGCCUACUGUUUUUUGUUUCAGUGUGCCAGCAUAAAUACCUGGGGCAAAAAAAAAAAGGCUGUAUAUUCCUAAUUCAAGGAUAAAACAGAAGAAGCUUGUGGUAUAAAAAGUAGUUCAAGAUCCAACUGAAAUAUUAGUGGAAUUUGCUACUGACAUACUGGACUGAAAGCUGCAGUAUCUGGCAAAAAAAAAAAAAAAAAGCCAAAAUUUCUCAUUGCUACAGGAUAUAACAAUGAAAAGGAUCUUGUAUUUUAAAAAAAUAUGUAAUUUUUAUAAAAAGAAAACUUGUUUUUCAUUCAGAAUUGUCAUUUUUACUUUGGUAACUUUUUCAUAGGUCCUAAAAGAAAACUGUUUUGAGAAACUACUGUAAGUACCUUUUCCACCUCCCUUUGCCUUCUCCUCUUUCCAAAUUCUUUCUACAAAAAUAACACGAUGCUGGGGGAAAAAAAUACCCUGGCCUACGUUCUUUAAAUCGUCGCAUCAGGAACUACUUCCAAGAGAAGCCUGCGUUUCUGCACUCAUGCUGGUCUCAAGCAUCCCACUCACCAUUGCAGCUUUACCAUAGCGGUUUUCACCACAGAAUUUUUUAAUAUUGAAAAAGACAUAUCAUUGAAAAAAAAAUGACACCUUGAUUUCUUACAGCUGCUCUCCCCAGAUUGCCGCUGCUGUCUUAUGGGCAUCCCUCUAGCAGCCAUUGGAUGUCGAUGACUGAAUGUUAAAGAGGUUGCAAGUGACAAUCUGAAAAUUUGCACUCUUGUGUGUAGUUUUCUUUUCUCUCUUUCAGAAAUAGUUCCCAAAAAGACCAUUACCUCUCCUGAUAUAAUUUGUAUAAUUUACAGUUGUAGGUAAAAAUGAUGUAAAGAACUCUCAGUGGAUGCAGCUGCAAUCUACAAUGAACUGUCCCCUCCUCUUCCCCAUAUUUUGCCCUUCUUCCUUAUUUUAUAGUGUUGAAUACACAUGAAUGGUGUUUUCUUUGUGCACUGAGGCAAGCCUAUUUUUUAAAUAGUUAGGGAGGAGUACAUCAGUUUACGCUUCUUGUACAAUUCUUUUCUGUUGUUUGGCUUCGGUUGGAUUACAGGUUCUUUGUGCAUUCCUGAAUUUGCCUUAUUUCAUGUAAAAUUUAUGUCAUUUGGUUUUUGAUAAUAAGUUGAAGACAUCAGUGAUAUUUCUUAACUACUUGUUACAUAUAGUUUUUCAAGUAAUGACUGUGAUUGUGACCAAGUAAUGUGCACUUUUUCUUGUAACUGUGGACAUUGCUAUGCUCUUUUCUUCUAGUGUUUCUAGAAUUACUGUUCCUUACAGUUACGUAAACAAAAAACAAAAAAACAAAAAAGAACUUUUGUGAUACUGUUGGUGAAUAUAAUGUGAAAAUCUUAUUGAAAUAUGAGUAUUUUGGAAAUACAUAGAUGCACAAACAUCUUUUAAGGUGUGGAUUUAGAGUUUGCUUAUUUAAAUGAAAAUUCAAAAACUGAGGGCUGGUAUAAUUUUCUCUGUUUUGUUGGGUUUAAUAAACAGAUUUCUGUGUUAAAA